GUCACAACAGAGGCAAUAUCUCCAACUGAUACUGAAGCAACAACAGAGUCUGAUAUAAUUGCUACUAGUGUCACAACAGAGGCGGUAUCUCGAACUGAUACUAAAGCGACAACAGAGUCUGAUAUAAUUGCUACUCGUGUCACAACAGAGCCGGUAUCUCCAACUGAUACUGAAGCAAUAACAGAGUCUGAUAUAACUACUACUAUUGUCACAACAGAGGCGGUAUCACCAACUGAUACGGAAGCAACAACAGAAUCUGAUAUAAUUGCUACUCGUGUCACAAAAGAGGCGGUAUCACCAACUGAUACUGAAGCAACAACAGAAUCUGAUAUAAUUGCUACUCGUGUCACAACAGAGGUGGUAUCUCCAACUGAUACUGAAGCAACAACAGAAUCUGAUAUAAUUGCUUCUAGUGUCACAACAGAGGCGGUAUCACCAACUGAUACUGAAGCAACAACAGAAUCUGAUAUAAUUGCUAAUCGUGUCACAACAGAGGCGGUAUCUCGAACUGAUACUGGAGCAACAACAGAAUCUGAUAUAACUGCUACUAGUGUCACAACAGAGGCGGUAUCUCCAACUGAUACUGAAAGAAUAACAGAGUCUGAUAUACCUGCUUCUUUUGUCACAACAGAAUCGGUAUCUCCAACUGAUACUGAAGCUACAACAGAGUCUGAUAUAAUUGCUACUAGUGUCACAACAGAGGCAAUAUAUCCAACUGAUACUGGAGCAACAACAGAAUCUGCUAUAAGUGCUACUAGUGUCACAACAGAGGCGGUAUCUCCAACUGAUACUGAAGCAACAACAGAAU